AUGGCAUAUGAGCUCAAAGCCAAAGGCAACGUACGCUUUAAGGAAGGCGACUACGUAGGCGCUGAAGACCUCUACUCACAAGCAAUUCAGAAGAACUCCCACGAACCAUCCUUUUUUAACAACCGCGCUCUUGCUCGACUCAAGCUCCAACACUGGGAGGGCGCCGAGCACGAUGCCCGCAUUGCCGUAGAUCUUUUUGGCCCAAAGAACCCUGCCUCUAUUAAAUCAAGCUACUACCUGUCUCAGGCACUUCUUGAGCUGCAGCGCCCAGCUGAAGCUCAUGACAUCGCCUCCGCAGCCUACAAGGCCAGUUUAGAAACAAGGAACCCAAAUGCGGAGCCUCUGUCAAGAGUUAUACUACGCGCUAAGCAGUCGAUAUGGGCGGCGAAGGAGACGGCGCGGUUGCGGAACCAGAAUGAGACGCUAAAGAGACUGGAGGAUUUGUUACAGGCGGAUCUGGAUAAGGAACUAAGCGAGUUACGCGCGAGGUUGGCGGCGGGGGAGAUUGGGCAGAUUGGAUUUAAAGAGGAUGAGAAAGAACUGUUGGAUGACGGUCAAAGGAGGCUGGAUGUUGUGAGGGAUGUGUUUGCUUCUUCGAUGGGUGAAGAAAGCAUGAAGGAACGGGUUGUUCCGGACUAUUUAAUAGACAGCAUCACAUUUGAAAUAAUGCACGACCCAGUUGUCACUCCCUCUGGCCACUCCUUCGAACGCACCAGCAUUCUCAAACAUAUGCAACAUUCUCCCAUUGACCCAAUCACCCGCACUCCCAUGACCAUCAGCGAUCUUCGACCAAACUUUGCGUUGAAGGCAGCAUGCAAUGAUUUCCUGGCCCAAAACGGCUGGGCAGUUGAUUGGUGA